AUGGCGCUGAUAUUGCGAAAACCUACCCUUGACGAUGCAAUCCAUAUGCUGGCGGUCCAAAACUCGGCAUUCAAAAACUCCGCCUUGAACAUUCGCUGCUUUCCAGCUUCUGAUCCGAAGACAGAACUCAGCCAUAUCGAAUGGAUCAAAGAGAAAAUUAAGCUGCAAGAGCUGACCCUUGCAUGCGACGAGGAGGGACAAAUACUCGGCUGGUCACGAUGGGUGCGUCGGCCAAUCCAAGAUCCCAGGCCGCCGAAGCCUAUCUUCACGCCAGACAUGUAUCCGCAGACAGGCGAUCCCGAGCUUGCGGUGAGAUUCUUUCAGACAAAUGUCGAGAGGAUGGAAGACAUUGUGGGCUCCGAAAAUGUCAUGUUUUUGAGCAUGUUGGUAGUCCGACAGGAGGCGCAGCGGAAAGGAGUGGGCAGUGCACUGAUAAAGCCCGGUGUUCAGGCAGCAGAUGAGGAGGGAUGGAUUUGCUAUGUUAAUGCAACCGAAGGUGGGAAAGGCCUCUACGAGAAAUUCGGAUUCCGAACAGUCGAGACGAGCUGGUUCGCCGAUGGAAUUUUGACACACCACAUGAAAAGGGAAGCAAAAGGCACAGCCAACAGUUACCACUAG